GACUUCCAGGGCUCCGCCAUUCCCCGAGCCAUGCAGAAGCUGGUGGUGACCCGGCUGAGCCCCAACUUCCGCGAGGCCGUCACCCUGAGCCGGGACUGCCCGGUGCCUCUCCCCGGGGACGGAGACCUCCUCGUCCGGAACCGGUGAGCCCGGCGCCCUCCCGCCCCACGACCCCGUCCUCGCCCCCGGCUCGCGCAGCGCCGCUCCCGCCGUCCCCAGCCCGCCCGCGUGCCCACACUCCGGCGCGCGCUCGGGCGCACAGCCUGACUUUGCGAGAUCCCGGGAAGUUGAACCCGCCGCCAUCUGGCGAAGGAGAAUGUGAUGUGACUGUUGCUGGUGUGAAUAUCCGAUGCCACCGAACGUCCUCAUAACUGAGGGUUAUUUUAAUUUGGGAUUCCCCUCCCCUCCUCCAGCCCUCCCUCCUCCCCCCUCCCGCUCCCGAAAUAAAACCGACGGGACCCAGAAGGGGAGGCUCCCCGCCGGCCCGCCUGCGCGCACCCACAGUUCCUGCGUUGACAUAAUCUUUAGGGUGGAGCGGGAGCAGCCUGGACGCAAACUGAGACGUUUAGGUAAACGUGCUUUGGAGGAAGGAGGCUGGGACCCGGCUGGCUUUCCCUGUUCCCUCCAGGUUGGCAGCCGCCUCGCAGUGGCGGAGCCUGUUGUUGGGUGUGUGGGUGUGCACCUCGCCGGUGUUGUCUGAGUGUUGUCAAUGCAGCGUGACUGUUGUCUGUCCCCUGAGUGUAACGACCCCCGCGUGGCGGGUGUCCUGGGCAGCUGGGCCAGGGUCGGGGUGGGGGCAUGGCUGCCUUUGCUGGCACGUUUUGCAGACAUUCAGGUGACACCGGGUUGUUGCAAGACCUUCUGGCUCUUCACCCCCCCACGCUCCCCACCGUAGUGUGUUUCCGCCUCACUCAUCUUUAGUAACUGGCGAAGCAACAGGGAGGAAACGGACCUCACUCUGUAUCGGAGCCAUGCCCGCUUGGGUCUCUGCUCCGUGGGUCCCUGGCUGCCCGACUUGGCUGGCAAGGCGCUCCUCUCUGCCCUCUGCAGAGGCCUGCAAAGUCCCAUCGAAAUGGUUACAGUGCUGCAUGUUUCAAGUUUAAUAAUAAUAUCGAAGGGGAGGAGUAAGUUCUGACUGUAACUUUGUUGUAAAUUCUGUGCUAGAAAGUACCGCAAAGUCCCAUGCACGGACUGAAGGACAAAAUGUACCCUUCCUAAGUAGCUUGGUGUAGCAUUUAAUCUGUCCAUUUUCGAGAUUCCUAUUAGCCUUCCUAACAAGACUGUAGUAUGGAAGAAUGCUGAUAGGGUAUAAAACUUUUGGAAACCUUUUGCGAAGAAUGAUUUGAACCAUGGGUGGGAUUGUGUGGAGGCGGGGGUGGGGGACUGGUCUGGAAUGGCUUAAAGGGGAGUGUGUAGGGAUCCUUGAAAAUGUUUGCAUUGGCUGUGGACACAGCAGAGGAUUGAUUCAUUAUGGGAUGAAAUGCCAGUGCUGUUGAGAGCGUGCACACAGCCCAGCUAAAAAGAAGGGCUUGAGUGUGUUUUCACGGGGAGCACACAAAACGCACGAGUGAUUUCCUAGAAGUUGAAAUGACACCAGACUGAAAAGAUUUCCCAACAAACUUUGACGGGCAAGAAGUUCCACACAGGGUUUUUCCCUUUUUCUCCCUCUGAUAAAGUAUAUUCUUGACUGCAAAUACUAGUAUAAACACACACACAAGUUUGUGAAUAAAAUUCCUUUUGGAAAUAGUGUGAUAUGGGGAGGAGGCGACUGAGCGAGGAGGGGCAGGGGGAAGGUGGGACGUUAGAGAACUAUAAGCCACAGCCUGGUGGGACCACCCGCCUUCGAUGGAGAAGUGGAGAGGGCUCCUGCCGGCUGCGCUGGGUCUCCUGGGCCUCUCUACCUGCGGGUGUUAAUCAGCUCUGUGGGGUUUUUUCCUCCUGUGAUUCCUCUUCCUUCAAGCUUACUUCUGCCCUAGGACCCCUCCCUUUCCCCUUCCCCAAAGGGCAAGUUCUUCCCUGGAGAGAGAGGCAGAGCCAGGGUGCCUAGGCACUGCCUGCGCUGGAUCACCAGGGUUGGUCCCGGGGCGGGAGACAAGUGGAUCCCUGAAUUCUGUGGUCAGAGCGCGGGAGUGCAGACUCCCAUGUUUGGAGCUCCUCAGUGUGCUCAACUUUACAAUCCAUGCCUCUUUUUUUCCCUGCACACAUGCCAAGAAUCCCUUUAAUAUAAAUAGUAUCUCCAUAUGAACAACCUGACCUCUAGUUUCUUCCUUGAAUCCUUAACGGAAAAGAAUGGGGCCAGUUUUCUUUUGAGUUGGGAGGGGACGGAAUCUUUUCUCCCCCUUUCCCUACUCUGUUGGAAAAUCUGCUCCCACCACCACGUUGUAGGAAGAUCCUGUAUUCUUGCAAACAGUGUCAGUGGAUGUAACAUUUUACCGAAUUUUUUAAGAAUAGAGGCUUAAUAAUUCACUGCAUGUUAGUUCAUUUUAAUCCUAGACCAAAUCUCCCCUAAGCAAUGUUAAUUGCUUUAAAAUUUUAUGCAAGUGCUUCUCAUUUUUAUCAUCAUAAAAUCCGCUCUAGAAUGAAUUGAGUAAGCUUAAAUUCACGUGUUUGGAAAGAUGUUUGGAGGUUUUAAUUGUACUCUUUUUUUUUUUUUAUUUCAGUGAGCCAUUUGCACAUUUCAUUGCAUCUUAGCAGAAAAUACAAAUUCUUCAUUCACAGGGAGGGAUGUGCUUGUAAGAUAGACAUUGAUUUAGGAUAAUAAAGUUUACUAUUUAGAAAAGAUGUAAGAAGGGGUGUAUAAAAUCCCUAUAGAAUGUAUAAUUGAUGGUCCUUUAUCCAGUCCUUACCUUACUGUUUUAUGUAUCCGAGAACAACUUCCCAUCUCCCCCUCUACGCUCAGUCUUCAGAAAAGAAAAAGAGACACCCCCAGGUUAAGUCAGUUUAUGCACUAUUUUUAGCUUUUUCCGUAAGAAGGUGACAGAUUAUUUCGUUUCCAAAUAUUUCUAACGAUUUUCUGCUGAAGUGUAAGAUAAUGGAGCAAAGAGUUUGUAGGAAUGGCUAAGGGAAGGUGGGGGAUGGGGAAGGCGUUUUUGAUGAACGGUUUGUUGCUUACGGGAGGGGAACAGUAUUUUCUGCUGACUCUUCAGGCCGAGAUUCCCCCCCACACACACACACACUUUUUUCUUGUCUUUCUUUUCUUUCUUCGUUUCUUUCUCUUUUUUCCUUUCUUUUCCUUUUCUUUUCUUUUCUUUUUUUUUCUUAAGGCAGGUCUGCUUUGGGCGACUUUGUUUUGUCUCCCAGUAUUGAAGGCUUUUACUCUGGACUUGAAUCCUCGCCUUUGGUUUUUGUUCAGAGGAAAGCGUUCCCCUCCCCUCCGCAGGAUCGCUCUGUUUCUCAGUAAACAAGAUGAGGGAGUUUAGCACUUUUUAGUACAUAUAAGCUGGUGACUCUAGAAGGGUAUAGAUUUGGAGAAUGCCUGCGCCGGUCCUAUUCUUUUUUCCUGGGGUUCCUGGAUUUUAGUCUCAAGUGGGUCCUCCCGUCGGAUUACUGGAAUCCUGCACUCAUUGCAUGCACAUAUUUUUAAUUAAAGGGGGUUACAGGGAGGGUCUCCAAAUGCUCGCAUCCUUCCCAGCGUGUCUUUCUUGGCUUUCUGUGGCUCCCUGGCCCUUCCGCCCCUGCUCAGCAUCCCAAGCCCCCCGUUCGCUUUGCGCCGGCUGCGCUUGAACUUGUUUCUGGUGGAGCAGAAGGCGCAAGCUGCGGACGCUCACGCAGAGGUAAGGACUCAGGCGGGUCCCGGACUGUGGAGGGUCCCCAACAGCCGCGGGGGUGAAGCCGUGUCAAAAAGGGGAUACCGGUGGAGGUGGGGUCAGCGAACCGGGGGCAGGGAGACCAGGGAGACAGCGCCGUGCGAGGAGCCAACCGAGCCACCGCGGGCGCUUGCCGUCAGCCAGCCUAAGCCUCCUUCACCCACGACGCAGACAAUUUAGAAGACGGCAGGGCAGGAGAGCGAGAGUGAGAAAUGGGGGUGCCUGCGAGGCCAAGGUCAUGGUCAAGCCACCGGCGGGCCCUGUCUGGUGGCCACUGCGCUCCGGCGCGCCUCAUGUGCGGGACUCGGAGAGAACUUGUCCACCCGGGCGGAGCUGCGCGGCCAGCGCUGGGACGAAGGGCACGGACUGGGCGCGCCUGCCGGGGCCGCCGCCUGGCCCGGAGAGGCCGAGGUCAUGGUCGCAGGCCUGAGGAGCCUCCACUCUACCGCGGCGCCUGGCCUGCGCGGUCCCGACCCGCCCUGGAGUUGGGGUCAAUGAUCCCCCUCUCCGUGGUGGCGGAGGGGAGGCCGCAGGACUGCACGGCUGGAGCUGAGGACUGCGGCGGCAGGCACUUCUGAGGGAGAGGGAGUUGGACGGACGGAGCCUGGACGGGCACACGGGCCCCGCUCGUCUGCUGCCACCUCUCCAGCGCUUGCCCUUGCGAAUAACUACGAUGUUUGGUGUGGUUUUUCAAGCAAAGCCCCCUGGCAAACUUAAGCAGCCGCUGGCUGGCUGCAGCCACCCCAGCUCCCAGCAGAGCCCCACUCCCCCCUCCCAAACUUGGCCUCUGCUAACCGGGUCCAGCGCCUGUGCGCGCUCCCCAGGCUGCUCCGGUGCGCGUCCUGCUGCAUCUCUCCACCUCUUCCCAGGAAGUGGCAAACCACAGCCUGGGGCGGGGAGAGGGGGAGUUGCGUUUUCCUCCUGUAGAGCCCCCAGGGCGUGCCCAUUCCGAGGUGGGGAGGACUCUGAGGGCUGCUGUCGCAGAGGAGCUGGCCGCCCGGGCGUCCCUCCGAGCCCAAGGCGAGGUCUCCCUGCAGAGGAGCGGCCACUGCCUUUGGGACUGCGGAGACACCAGGGGGACAAGCCGGGAGGGAUGAAGGGCGUGGGAUGGGUUAAUCAUGGGCAAAGGAUGGCGCAGAAUACAACUGGCAGUGGGUCGGCUCCUGUCCCCCCACCUCCAGAGCAAACCCUGCCGUCACUUCCACCCCCAUGGGCACCUUUCCUGGAGUUUGCUUUACAGCCUAAGGCAGAGGCACGGAGACGGUUCCAGCUGGCUCUGCCCUGAGCUGCUGCUGUGAAGUCCACAAGCAAGCUCCCGGGAAGUGGGUCCUUUUUAAAACGCCAGGCCUUGAAAAUUAUGUAAAUUUAAAGGAAAGAUGAUUUGUUGGUGUUAACGCAUCUGACAUCAACUAUUCAGCAGGCCGCUAUGACUCCUCAGUUAAGCCUCCCUUUGACAUAGGUUUCGAAGGCAUUGGGGAGGUGGUGGCCCUAGGCCUCUCUGCUAGUGCCAGAUACACAGUUGGCCAAGCUGUGGCUUACAUGGCACCUGGUUCUUUUGCUGAGUACACAGUUGUGCCUGCCAACAUUGCAACUCCAGUGCCCUCAGUGAAACCCGAGUAUCUUACCCUGCUGGUAAGUGGCACCACCGCAUACAUCAGCCUGAAAGAGCUCGGAGAACUAUCGGAAGGGAAAAAAGUUUUGGUGACAGCAGCAGCUGGGGGAACGGGCCAGUUUGCCGUGCAGCUUUCAAAGAAGGCAAAGUGCCAUGUAAUUGGAACCUGCUCUUCUGAUGAAAAGUCUGCUUUUCUGAAAUCUCUUGGCUGUGAUCGUCCUAUCAACUAUAAAACUGAACCCGUAGGUACUGUCCUUAAGCAGGAGUACCCUGAAGGUGUCGAUGUGGUCUAUGAAUCUGUUGGGGGAGCCAUGUUUGACUUGGCUGUAGACGCCCUGGCUACCAAAGGGCGCUUGAUAGUAAUAGGGUUCAUCUCUGGCUACCAAACUCCUACUGGCCUUUCACCUGUGAAAGCAGGAACAUUGCCAGCCAAACUGCUCAAGAAAUCUGCCAGCGUGCAGGGCUUCUUCCUGAACCAUUACCUUUCUAAGUAUCAAGCAGCCAUGGGGCACUUGCUUGAGAUGUGUGUGAGUGGAGACCUGGUUUGUGAGGUGGACCUUGGAGAUCUGUCUCCAGAGGGCAGGUUUACUGGCCUGGAGUCCAUAUUCCGUGCUGUCAAUUAUAUGUACAUGGGAAAAAACACUGGAAAAAUUGUAGUUGAAUUACCUCACUCUGUCAACAGUAAGCUGUAAAAACAGAACAAUGACAUAAAUCAAAGGAGAAAGAAAAUGGGCACUUUAUGUCUCAGAAUUACUCAAAUCAAUUUAUUUUUAGUUGGUAAUGGAUAUAAUAUUUCUUAAAACAAAAGUAAGGUGUUAAUGAAUAGGUCUCUCCUUCUCCUCCUCCUCCUCCUCCUCCUCCUCCUCUUCCCUUGGGGGGGAAAAAAGUGCUAAUAAAACUUCCCUCCAUGGCUAAGAGGGAAAACGCUUAUAUUCAAUUCUUUAGUCAUGGAUGGUCUCGUUCCAGAUUUGUUGUUCCAGGGAACUAAAUUCAUUCCUGAUGCCAGAUCUGAUCGAGUCAGUAUGUCUUCAGCUUGAUCAGAUUUUAAAAUCAGUUUUGAAAGUGGUUCCCGAAAGAAUCUUUGCUUUGGGAGAAUUUGGUCUUAUGCUAAUAAGCAGUUCAUGAGUGAGACGUGUAGCAAAAGCCAGCCAUAUAUUUUCAGAAUCUGUAUCCUCAGGAAAUGCUCCUUUUUUUCCUAUAAAUCACUAACCAACUAUCUAAAUGGACAUGUGGGGGAAUUUCCUCCCAAAUUUGAUUUUGUUAUUAGAAAAAUUAUUCUGUGAACACAGAUGUGUUUUGAAGAAGUAGCACGUAAUGGCUUUUAUCUACCAUCAUCCUGGUAAGGCACAUGUGAAAUGGAAAUGUUCUCUUCCCUCUGAAGCAGCAAAUUAAUGUUGAAAACUUACAUAGACAGAAAGUAGGUUUUGGAAAGGGAAACCACAGAGAUUAGGGGGACUUAAAAUUAAUAUAGGCACAGGAAAGAAAAGUAUGCGCUCCUUUCACAGUGAGGGUUCGCCACAAAACGGGCCCCAGGAGGGAACCGCUGUCUAGGCACACCACAAGGCCUUAAUAACAGUGUGCUGCAAUGCCCGAGGUAAGGCACGUCCCAUCGCCCUGUGCACUGUAGGGACCUCAGUCAUCUCAAGGAAGAAUACAUUUGCUUUUCCUUAGAGGCUUUCAAACUAGAAGCUCUAUGUUACCUCUGAUUCUGGGAACAGAACAGCAGCCGCUCAUUCUGCAUUCCUGUUUCCCUCUCCACGUGUUCUGGUGGAAUGAGAUGCUCCUUAGCACUACAACCUGAUGUCCCACAUUCACCCACUGACCACACAGGAAAAGCAGCAAAACCUGCACCCUCUCUUCUGAAUCACGCCUGUGGCUCAUCGGCUUCCCUCUUAACCUUUAGUGCCCUGAAGACUGCUGCCGCUGUCACCAUUGCACUGAAACCCCACGGUGCCCUUCUAAUUGAAGGUGAAGCCCACCAGAUUAUUUUUCAAAGUCUUAGGUUUCGGUGUAUCUAACCUGCUCAAUAAAUAUGGACGCAAUUAAAGAUGCUCUAGGAAAGUUGGGGACCGUAUUUAAUUUUUCUUUCCUUCCAUCUCAGGAGCAAGGAAAUCCUACUGCUGAAUAGCUGUUAGUAUGUAUUUUACAAGAUUUACUCAUUUUCAGGUACCUAAUGUAGCUGCUAGCAUGCAUGCACAACAAUACAAUUUAUAUGGUAAAUGGAACCAAAUAAUGGCUUCACUGAAUGUUAUGGCUGCACUGAAGGGAAAUGUCGCGGUAAAUAGCUGCCAAAUUAUGGAUCAUGCCGAAGUGUCACAACUGCACUAAAGACAAAUAGCACUAGAGGCUAUUGCCACUGUGACGCUUUUGAGUUAUGAAGAAGGGUAGCGGCCUGAUGCGAGGCUCUUUGUGUCCUUAUUAUAGCAAAGGGUUACUGGUGCAGAGGACUAGGAAAGCCUGUCCAGUGUGGUGCUUAGUUAUUCAUCCGUCCCUUUCAGACUUAACAGCCACAGCAACAUGGAAAGAGACUUUGCCUCUCUUUUACAUUCACAAACAAACAAAGGAGGGGGGGAGCAGGUUUUAUGAAUGUAACUGUGCACAGGAAAUGACUGGUAAUGGAAAAAUGUUGUAAUAAAAUAAUCUAAUCAAAGAAUAUUAUUAAAUUUAACAUAGUCGAUGUCCAAAAGGCUUAGUUGCCUCUUAUGCAGAUAGAUGUGUGAAAUCUAAGCAAUAAUGUACUUUCUCCCUUUGUAAAGACUUGGGGACUAAGGGCAUUACCAAUUAAAUUGCUGCUUCGAAACUGAAGUGAGUCCGGUUUCUUUCAUUUUAAUGGGAGGGUAAUAAAGAUGAAAGACCAACAUUUUAACUGAUGGAUCCCUUAAGCUACAGAAUAGAAAUUUAUUAUGUUUUGAGGGAAUAUACUAAAUUCAGCUAUGUAAAAAUAAAAUUCAAACACCCAGGAUUAAAAUAAAAUAUAAUCUGAAAACCUCAUGUUCUCUCUGUCCACAAACUAAGAAAGUGCACGGCAUGCUGUUUUCACUUAUUCUUAGAAAACAAGCAUGAAAGAUUCCGCCCAUUCAGAUAAUGCCAAAAAUAUGUUUAAACUUUUUUUUUAUUCUUUUGAAAAAUGAUUUGUAAAUUGAGGGUCAUAGUUCAGCAUCAGUUUCAUCUUCUGGGAUUAUUGUUCAAGACCAGCCUCUAAUGGGAGGUGAAAUGGUACGAUGGUCUCAACACCUUUCUUGUGAACUGUAAUACAUAUCACAAAAAGUACAUCCAUAAUUCAGGGCAAUUGUCAGUCUUUGUUUUAGAGAAGGGGACGGGGUGGAACAAUCCCAAUGGGUAAAUUAUUUCUCAGUGUGGACUUCUCUGCAUGUCGGGCUUAAGGUCACCAGCCGGGCAGGGUAGAAGGAGCUUGCCUCUGGGAAACUGAGGAGUCCCAGUGAUCUGUUACCAUUUGGUUAUGACUUCUAAAGAGCCAAAUGCUAUUCGUUCAAACCUGUUUUGCAGGCAGAAAAUACCAGCAGUGUCAUUUAGGGGUUCCUUUGAUGAUGACUACUGCUGUUAACUGACUUCAUUAAAAAAAAAAAAGAUUUCAGGGAAUAGUUUGCAAAGAAAUGAAGGAAGUUUUGCAUCAUCUAUUCUAUAAAUUGUCAUUAUAUGAUUUCAUCUGGAUGAAGUACCUCAGGAGUAGGAUAGAGUCUCUGUAAAUGGUCAUUAGUAUUACAUUCUGUGUUUAUCUAAUGAAAGUGCAGUGACAAGUAGCUGCUUCUUAUUAAAAUGAAAAUCCUGCGUUAUGUACUUGUGGAACAUUCCAGCUAAUGAGGAUGUAAUGUCCUCAGUACAACACAGACCUUCUUUUUGUGUUCACCACCACAAGAUGCUGGAAACUUGACAAAUGAUAUCAUUUAAGACACAUGCCUGCCUUAGGGACCUGGUUUUUGGCUUCCUGUUUCUGGCUUUUAUUUGGGUAACAUUUAUAAUAGCCACCCGACUUGUACCUGGGUAAUGUUUUAACCCCUUCCCCGGAGUUCUCAGUUAGCAUGAAUUUACUACAGUCAGGGUUUCCUUUAAAUUGGGGUGGGGGUGCUAAGCACUGAAAAUAUUUUUCUUGAUUACUUUACCAUGUGGACAUAUGGGAUAAAUACUGUAUUUCAGAUUUCUGUAAAAAUAGAUGAGUAAUGCACAGCUUUCAGAGCAAAAACAAUGAAAAAAAGACCAGGCACUAUCAACUUUGGAUAACCAUCUCCUAGGUGUUAAAAAGUUUUCUGAAUGCAGUCUGGAUGCAAAAUGGCCUGAUUUGAUGAAUUCAUAAUUUUCUUCUCUAUACUUUCUACUCUCGUUUUAUUAAAUAUUUUAUUAGUUAAACAAGAAUUAUCUAUGUAAACUUCAUGGACUUUUUUGUCGGAAGUUCGAUGUUCAGUAUCUAAUUUCCUAGUUAUGGCCCAGCAUUAAACGUUUGUGAUCAUAUUUCAAAAGUCAAAAUACAAAACUGGAUUAUCA